UACCUCUUAACCACGAUUAGUUCAACAUGGAGUAUUUGAUUUUUUGUGUUUUAUUGAUACUUUACUGCUGUAAGCAGAGCUGGAGUACACGGAUAACAGCUUUUGAGUAUAGAAGGCGAUGUCCGAACACAGAGGAAAAAUGGCGGCAGAGGGAAGAGGGGUAUAUAUGCCCUGCAACCACAAAGUAUCAUUGCAUUCUCACAGAAGAUGGAAAUAUAGUUGAAUUUUGCAACGAUAUAAUAUGGAUUGAGGAAGAUUACUGUCCAAUGCUUAACUUAAAAACUGGAAAUAUUGACGUCAGACUUUGUCCAGAGAACGCAGUCUGUCCGAGUGGACACUAUCUUUCCAGUACAGUCUACAAAUAUCCUGCCUGUCUUCAGAGGAAAACAGAUUUCACUACCCAUACUCCAAGGAAAACUGUGACGUCACUUAACCUUGAGGCACAUAACAGCCCGGAGACCACUGACGAUGCAGAAAACAACCUUAAUGUGAUAACUCUCCUCGUGUCUAUAGGAAUCAUUCUCACUGCCUGUAUCUCUGUUGUGGUGUUAGCCCAUGUACGAGGACAAAAAGAAAAUGCUUUACGUGAUAAGACAGCGACUAAGGAAAACGUAUAAGGAGGAACAGCAGUGGUUUCCUGUCCUUUAGGGGAUGAGAGGGUUGGACUCUUAAAAAGAAAUGUUGUAUCUUAGUAAAAUAAACCACAGCUAUAAUUCUAAAUAAAAUUAAGUCGUGUUUUGAAAACAACGUGUAUUUGAGGUUACAGAUGGUUUUUUGGUA